AUGGCAACUUUAUCUCCCAUCAUUCUCCUACUUACCUUCUCCAUCUUCCCAUUCGUCAUCCAUGGCGCCAAGGAGAAGUACACCACGCACAUCCUGAUCCAAAAGACCUGCAAUAUCAGUGCGAAGACCGACCCGAACAUCGACUACGCCUUCUGCACCUCCGCCUUGAAGGCGAAGCAAUGCGAAACGCUGCGCGACAUAGGAACGGCGUGCAUCAACCUGAUCAUGACCAACGUGACGGACACGAGGCGCUACAUCUCGGCUUUGGUGAAAGGCGGGAAGGUGGAGCACCGGUUGCGGCGGUGCGUUGAUCACUGCUACGAGCUGUACACUGACGCCGCCCCCGACUUGGGAGGGGCGUUGAGGGAUUACAGGGAUAAGAAGUAUGAAGACGCCAACAUUAAGCUCUCCGCCGUCAUGGACGCGGCGGCGGAAUGCGAGGACUGCGGCGUGUCGCCGUUGUCGGAGAGGAACAACGCCACUUUCCAGUUGUCUGCCAUGGCGCUGUCUGUCAUGCAUCUGAUUCAGGAAGGGAAAGGGUAUUGA